AUGGCUGGAAAGAACUGUACUUUAGUGACCGAGUUCUUCCUGACUGCAUUCACUGAACACCCUGAGUGGAGGCUUCCUCUAUUCCUGGUAUUUCUGAGUUUCUAUCUCACCACUGUUCUGGGAAAUACAGGGAUGAUGAUCUUGAUUCGCAAAGAUCGCCACCUCCACACCCCAAUGUAUUUCUUCCUCAGUCAUCUUUCCUUUGUGGAUGUCUGCUACUCCUCUGUCAUUGUCCCCCAGAUGUUGGCUGUGCUGUGGGAACAGGGCUCCACCAUCUCCCUAAUGCGCUGUGCAGCUCAGUUCUUCCUCUUCACCUUCUUUGCUUCCAUUGACUGCUACCUCUUAGCAAUCAUGGCCUAUGACCGCUAUGUGGCCGUGUGCCAACCCUUACUCUACGUCACCAUCAUGACUGAGAAGGCCCGCUCGGGUUUAGUAGCUGGAGCUUAUGUUGCUGGUUUUUCUAGUGCCUUCAUUCGAACCGUCACAGCCUUCACUCUCUCCUUCUGUGGAAACAACGAGAUCAACUUCAUUUUCUGCGACCUCCCUCCUCUGUUAAAACUCACCUGUGGCGACAGCUACACCCAGGAAGUGGUGAUCAUUGUCUUUGCCAUUUUUGUCAUGCCUGCUUGCACCUUGGUGAUUGUGGUGUCCUAUCUGUUCAUAGUCAUUGCUGUCAUGAAGAUCCGCUCUGCUGGAGGCCGGGCCAAGACCUUCUCUACCUGUGCCUCCCACCUCACGGCAGUCACUCUCUUCUUCGGCACUCUCAUCUUCAUGUAUCUGAGAGAUAACUCAGGCCAGUCCUCAGAGGGAGACCGAGUAGUGUCUGUGCUCUACACAGUGGUGACCCCAAUGCUGAACCCAUUCAUCUAUAGCCUGAGGAAUAAGGAGGUAAAGGAGGCUGUUAGAAAGUCCCUUAGCAGAUUAAAAAUUUCAGGAAGGUUCUAG